UGUUGUGUCACGUGACGGUUGUAGAAGGAAGAUGGCUGCAGACAACCUGCCCUCGGAGUUUGAUGUUGUGAUAGUGGGCACAGGCCUCACCGAGUCGGUCAUCGCCGCCGCCUGCUCACGAGUGGGACAGAGGGUUCUUCACCUGGACAGGAGAAACUACUAUGCGGGUAACUGGGCUAGCUUCACUUUAAACGGGCUGCUGUCGUGGAUAGAGGAGUAUAAGGCGCAGCAGGAGAAAUCACCAGAUGACCAGACGGAUGUGGAGCAGGAGUGGAGAGAGAAGAUCGAGGAGGGAGAGGAAGUUCUGACUCUUAACUCUGUAGACUCCACCAUCUCUAACCUGGAAGUGUUCACUUACGCCAGUGAGGAGCCUGAGGAAGAGGAGGAGGUGAAGGCUACGUCUGUAGGCAGUGUGUUAAUCGACUCUUUAGCAGCAGAAGCUAAAGAGAACAGCAGCAGCUCUACAGAAGCUCAGAACUCCAGCGGUCCUGAUGAUACAACUCCAGAUAAAGAUGAUGAUGAGGAGCAUCAGCAUCAGGAGCCCGAGAACGAGCAAACGCCCGAGACCCAGGAGGAACCAGAAAACGAACCGCAGCCAGAGCCGGUUCCAGAGGUGAAGAAGAAGAAGAUAACCUAUGCUAAGCUAAUAAAGGAAGGACGCAGGUUUAACAUUGAUCUCGUGUCUAAGCUGCUGUACUCCCGUGGGUUACUGGUAGACCUGCUCAUCAAAUCCAACGUGAGCCGCUAUGCAGAGUUCAAGAACUUAAGCCGGAUCCUCACCUGCAGGAAUGGCAAGAUAGAACAGGUGCCGUGCUCGCGGGCGGAUGUGUUUGGCAGUAAGCAGUUGAGUAUGGUGGAGAAACGCAUGCUGAUGAAGUUCCUCACCUUCUGUCUGGACUUUGAGCAGCACCCAGAGGAAUUCCAGGAUUUCUCACAGAAGCCGUUCUGGGAUUACCUGAGGAGCAGGAGUCUGACGGAGAACCUGCAGCACUUCGUCUUUUCCUCCAUCGCCAUGGUGGAUCAGGAGACGCUGACGGAGGAGGGCCUGAGGGCCACGCAGCACUUCCUGCGCUGCCUCGGCCGCUACGGAAACACGCCGUUCCUCUUCCCGCUGUACGGCCUGGGAGAAAUUCCACAGUGCUUCUGCAGGAUGUGUGCUGUGUUCGGGGGGAUUUAUUGCCUGCGCCAUUCUGUUCAGUGCCUGGUCGUGGACAAGGAGUCGGGAAAGUGUAAAGCUGUGAUUGACACUCAUGGCCAGCGAAUCAGCUGCAGCCAUUUAGUGGUGGAAGACGGUUACAUCAGAGAUGAGCAGAGGACAAGAUCAGUAAACAGGCUGAUCUCCAGAGCCGUGAUCAUCACUGAUCGAUCCAUUCUGCCCUCCGAGUCUGAUCAGCAGAUCUCGCUGGUGACUGUGCCUCCUCUGGACUCCUCCUCUCCGGCCGUGAGGAUGGUGGAGCUCAGCUCUUCCUCCAUGACCUGCAUGCCUGGAACCUAUUUGGUGCAUCUGACCUGUUCCUCCGUCGGCUCGGCCCGGGAAGACCUGGAGCCGGUCAUUUCCAAGCUGUUUUACGUUCCUAGCAGCCCAGGGGAGGAGCCUGCACCAGGUUGUGAGGAGGAGCAGAAGCCGGUGACGUUAUGGAUCAUGUUCUUCAACAUGCGAGACUCGUCCGGCCUGGACCCCAGCUGCUACACCCUCCCCACCAACGUCCAUGUCUGCACCGGCCCCGACGCCAGCCUCGGCAACGACUACUCCAUCACACUGGCCGAGUCGGUGUUUCGGCAGCUCCUCCCUGAUGAGGAGUUCUGUCCACCGGCUCCAAACCCUGAGGACAUCAUAUAUGAUGGAGACGGUACUCAGACGGAGGGGGCGGCGUUCCAGGAGGCCGGUGAUGCACUGGGGACUUCAGCUGCGGGAGAAGAGGAGGAGGAGGAGCCUCAGGAAAACGACCAAUCAGAAGAGAGCUCAGAACCUGCAGCGAGUUCAGAGAGUGCUGCCCAGGAUAGUACCAAUGAAUCUGAGGUUCCUGAGACUCCGCCCACUCUGGAAUAAACAUUCCCUCCUUCGUUCUGAAGACGAAUCACUAAAGAGAUCACCCAGCUUCAUCUCAGAGUCUCAUCUGCCUUCCUGUAGAAGAUAAAGGUGAAGAUGAAGUCUGGUUUCAAAUGAUUGACAGGUGUCUGUCUGCGGACUGUGAUCACCUGGAUGUGUAUUAAAUAAAAAUACAGCUCUGGAAAAAAAGAAAUAAAAAGAUCACUUCAGUUUCUGAAUCAGUUUCUCUGAUUUUGCUAUUUAUAGGUUUAUGUUUGAGUAAAAUGAACAUUGUUGUUUUAUUCUAUAAACUACAGACAACAUUUCUCCCAAAUUCCAAAUAAAAAUAUUCUCAUUUAGAGCAUUUAUUUACAGAAAAUAAGAGAAAUGGCUGAAAUAACAAAAAAAAAGAUGCAGAGCAAAAGAGAAACAAGUUCAUAAUCAUAAUAAAGGUUUUAAGAGUUUAGAAAUAAUCAAUAUUUGGGGGAAUAACCCUGUUUUUUCUUGGCAUCACAUUCUCCUCCACCAGUCUUACACACUGCUUUUGGAUAACUUUAUGCUGCUUUACUCCUGGUGCAAAAAUUCAAGCAGUUCAUCCAUCUUCCUCCUGAUUAUAUUCCAGAGAAACUCAUGAUUUUUAAGUGCUCUCUUAUGUAUUUAAUUUUUUUCAGAGCUGUAUAAUACUCGGACUGAUGCCCAUUAAUUGCUUAGAAGAAUUAAAAAAAUAAAAAUUGUAGAAACAGCAAAAAUAUAAACACAUCCCGAUGACAAAAAAACGCCAAUCCAAAUCUCACCUACCCUCUGGUCUAACCUAAGCGUUUGACCGCUACUGUGGUCUUAUGUUCCUAAACCUAUCAGUCUUAGCAUGCAGAUUUAUUAGCUCAAAUAUAAACUUUCAUUGGAAUGGACUUUUUUUAUUUAUUACUUAUUUAUUUUUGUUGGUUUAAAGGCCUUGAUCUUGAUCCCUUUAUCAUUACAGUACCUGUUAUUAACCUGUUAUUAAAGGCCAUUACUGGCAUUUACAGUAGUUCUACUAAUAUAACAAAUAAAAUGAUGAUGAUGAUGAUGAUGAUGUAAAUGUAAAUGUGUACACAACAAAAAAUACUGUGUUGGUUGAACCGAGGUGCCUGUAGAAGUGACGCACUGCUCACUGAGGAUUUCAUUAAACUGCAGACGUCUCGCUGCCAAAUCAGCAAACACUUAAAUAUUUCUGGUUCUUUGUUGCUAUAAAUGAUCAGUUUAACAUUUAUCAGUUAAUUUUAUGAGCAUAUGAGGCUAAACUGGGAAAAUAAUAUAGACGCUAAACUUUAUUAUUAAAUUUUCUCAUUGAUUAAAUCAAAGAUGAACUGGAAUUUUAUGUAUUUAUGUUGUUUUUUCUUAUUAUUUUCUAAUCUAAAUAAUAAUACAUAUAUAUAUAUAUAUAUAUUUUUUUUUUUGCAUUUUUACAUCAUGUAACACCAUGUUUUGUUACAAGAUAGCAAAAACAUGUUUAAAAAAAGAAAAAAAAAAAAAUUUUAGGAAUUACAGAUCGCUAGUUUUGGGUCAUUGUCAUGGUGCAUGGUCCACCUUUCUCACAGCUUCAGUUUUUAGACUGUGAGAUGGUCUCACAUUUUCCAAACCUAUGUUUGUUACAAGAUGGAAAAAUAGAUUAAUAUGAAAAUAAAUAAAGAGUAAAAAUUAUUAUUUGUUUUAUUUAGUUUUUCUGAUUGUGAUGGACAAACAUUAAGAACUAAAACAAUUACAAAUAUGGAAAUAUGUAAACCCAUUUAAGUUUUAAUUGGCGAUAAACAAAAUGGACAAGCUAAAACAAAAUUUUAGUUUUUACCCAAUUUCCCAAUUUAUUUGGAAUUUAGCCUUAUAUGGUCAGAAAAUUGAGCUGAUAACGUUACACUGAUCCUAAAUGUUGGUUGGUUGGUUGGUUUUUAAGCCUUCACUUUUUGUUUUGUUUUUUUCACUCUACCUUACGCUCACUCACUAAAGGACACACUGUGUUUUAUUACUUGGUCUUAAUGUUUUGAUGGUCCUCAGCUUCUGUACCAUGAAUUCUGUCCGCUCUUGCCUGAAUGUACUGUAGGCUUCAGAAUAAAAUGCUUUCAAAUGCAAAUAUUAAAUGUUUAAACUGA